AAUACUUUAAAAAAAUAGUAAAAAAGACCCUUACUUUUGGUCAAAGUAUUUUCUUUUUCGAGAUUCCAUGGGCUUGCCGAAGUAUUGGAUCCAAUUUCUUUGUGGAGCAAUCAUUUGUAAAUAUACAUAAUAAUGCAGCAUAGAUAUUUGAAUUGAUGAGUGAUUAGUGAACUUAUUGUUGAAAAGUAAUGAAAGAUCAAUCUUGGAGAUGGAUUUUGGGUUUGAUUUAUAUAAUUAUUGUUGCCUCUAUAUGGAUUGCUGCUAGUUUUGUGGUUCAAUCCGUUGUCGAUGCCGGUGUUUCACCUUUUCUCGUAACAUACCUAUGCAAUUCUCUAUUCAUAGUUUAUAUUCCCCUAAUUGAAAUUCUUCGCUUUCUAGAGGAUAAAUAUGGGAGAUUUUGGUUUUGGCGCAAGGAUAUCGCCACAACAACUUUGCAAGAGGAGGUAAUUCUUCUUGAUGAUGGCGAAUUGGCUGUUGCUGAUGGGGCAUCUGUAUCAAAGGAACAAAUUGUAGAUCAAAGUGUUGUUGAUAUGGAUCUGGAUGAAAAAGGGCGGUGGACACGCUUUAGAGUAGCAAAAGUUAGCUUGUUAAUAUGCCCAUUUUGGUUUCUAGCUCAGCUUACAUUUAAUCUAUCACUCAAAUAUACUACUGUUACGUCAAACACCAUCUUAAGCACUUCCUCCAGCUUGUUUACUUUUCUGGUUUCUCUUGUAUUCUUGGGAGAAGUUUUCACUUGGGUGAAGCUGUUCAGUGUUCUACUUUGUAUGGGAGGAACUAUCAUUGUGAGCUUGGGUGACUCAAAUUCAGCAUCUAAUAAAGUUGCUUCGAAUCCCGUUCUUGGAGACAUUCUUUCUCUCGUCUCAGCUGCUUUGUAUGCUGUUUAUAUAACUCUCAUUCGUAAAAAGUUACCUGAUGAUGAAGGGAAAAGUGGUCAUGCCAGUAUGGCACAAUUUCUUGGAUAUUUGGGGUUAUUCAACAUGCUCAUAUUCUUACCCGUACCUCUUGUACUCAACUUUGCUAACCUUGAGCCAUUUAACACGCUCACGUGGAAGCAAAUUGGCCUAAUAGUUGGUAAAGGUAUGUUUGAUAACGUGCUGAGCGAUUUACUAUGGGCCAAGGCUAUUCUUUUGACCUCCACAACAGUCGCAACAGCAGGACUGACCAUUCAGGUCCCUCUAGCUGCCAUCGUCGAUUCACUGAUAGGAAAUGCACCUCCCAUCUUGGAUUACGUCGGAGCUGCAGCUGUCAUGGUUGGUUUUGCAGGCAUUAACAUCCCUUCAGAUUCAUGUUCAGUACCAGAAGAGGCAAGCAUUGAACUAGAACAUGGGAAAAUUCAAUCCGCAGAACACGAUCACCUAUCGCCCAGGUAGAUUCGAGCGCUUUUGCCGCAGUUCGUCUGGUGGCAGUAGUUCAGGUGUAUCUUAUGUUUGUAUUUUAAUUCGUAGUUGACAACGUCACUUGUAUUUUUAAAUAAUUUUUUAAAAAAAAUUCAACAGAUAUGUAUUUUAUUUAUUUAUUUAUUUAUCAAUGCAGCUUCAAAUUGAUUUUAUUCCA